UUUCCGCCCUCGGGUCCAUCGCCCGGGUCCGGCCUGCGCUGCCGCCUUCGGGAGCCGAGCUGGGCCGGGCGGGACCGGACGGGGCGGGAGCCGCGGGGCCCGGUUGUAUGCGGCCGCCGGGACGGACGCGGGACCCGCCGGGGCCCGGCACCCGGGGAGCGGGGCGCUGACCGCUGGCCUGGGAGCAGCACCCCGAGCAGCAUGGAUGCCCCCCGAAGGGACAUGGAGCUGCUCAGCAACAGCCUGGCGGCCUACGCGCACAUCCGCGCGAACCCCGAGAGCUUUGGGCUCUACUUCGUGCUCGGCGUCUGCUUUGGGCUGCUGCUCACCCUGUGCCUCCUGGUCAUCAGCAUCUCCUGCGCGCCCCGCCCGCGGCCCCGGGGCCCCGCUCCUUGCCGAGACCCCCGCAGCACCCUGGAGCCCGACGAUGAGGACGAGGAGGAUGAGGACACGAUGACCCGGCUGGGUCCGGACGACACGCUGCCCGGCCCUGAGCUGUCCUCGGAGCCCGACGGGCCCCUCAGCGUCAACGUCUUCACGUCGGCGGAGGAGCUGGAGCGCGCACAGCGGCUGGAGGAGCGCGAGCGGAUCCUGCGGGAGAUCUGGCGCACCGGACAGCCCGACCUGCUGGGCACCGGCACGCUGGGUCCCGGCCAGAGCACGCUGGGCCGCAUGCAUUAUUACUGAUGCCUGGGCUGCCUAAGCACUGGACUGCAAUUGAGCCCAGAGCUGCUCCAGGACUUUAGGACUGCCUCUGACCCCCCAAAUCCCUGUGGUGCUACGGGCCUGGACCUCUGCCUUGGGAGGCACCCUCCCCAUCCUUUCUGAAGGCCCUGGGGGCGGGGGCGGGGUCUGCAAGGUCGCCACCUUCUCUAGGAAACAGUGACCAAUGAAAGCUACAUUCUUGGUGA